UGAGUUUUACAGUCAGCCCCACCACAGGAGGAGUUACCUUGAUUCUUUCAGCUAAGAAAAGUCUUUCGAUGUUGUCCACAAGUGUGAUGAAAACAGGAGCCCCUCCAGUCAGAGACUGAACUUGUCUAUCAGGAAAAUACUAUCUACAGGACUUGUCAUGUCUCCCUUUCUUCGUAUCGGUUUAUCCAACUAUGACAGUGGCCCUUACCUGCCAUCCCAGGGGGAGGUAAUUAACCCUUACUGUGCCGUGAUGGUUAAAGAAGCAGUGGAAUCAGAAAAUGGCCAAGUGUACGUGCAGAAGAAGCCCACCAUGUACCCGCCCUGGAACAGCACUUUUGAUGCCCACAUCAACAACGGCAGGGUCAUGCACAUUGUUGUCAAGGACAAAAGCGCUGAAAUGGUUUCAGAGACGACGGUAGAACUCAAAGUGCUGGCAGAGAAGUGCAAAAAGAGCAAUGGGAAGACAGAAAUAUGGCUAGAACUGAAACCUCAAGGGAGAAUGCUGAUGAAUGCAAGAUACUUCCUGGAAAUAAGUGAUGCUAAGAACAUCAUUGACUGUGAGACCGAAGGCUUUUUCUCCUUGCACCAGCGGAGAGGAGCCAUCAAACAGGCCAAAAUCCAUAAUGUCAAGUGUCAUGAGUUCACAGCCACCUUCUUUCCGCAACCCACCUUCUGCUCUGUCUGUCAUGAGUUUGUGUGGGGUCUGAAUAAACAAGGCUAUCAAUGCAGGCAAUGUAAUGCUGCCAUCCAUAAGAAGUGCAUUGAUAAAGUCAUAGCGAAAUGUACAGGAUCCGCAAUCAAUAGUAGAGAAACGAUGUUCCACAAGGAGCGGUCCACCAUUGACAUGCCUCACCGCUUCAAAGUCUACAACUACAAGAGCCCGACUUUCUGUGAGCACUGUGGGACACUCCUCUGGGGCCUUGCACGGCAGGGGUUAAAGUGUGAUGCAUGUGGCAUGAAUGUCCAUCACAAGUGCCAAACAAAAGUAGCAAACCUCUGUGGAGUUAACCAGAAACUAAUGGCUGAAGCCCUGGCAAUGAUUGAGAGUACUCAACAGGCUCGCUGUCAGCGUGACACUGAACAGAUCUCUAGGGACGGACCUCUGGAAAUUGGCUUCCCAGUUCUUGUGAAGGAAGUGAUGCAACUUCAGACAGUACCAACUUCUACAACAGGAAAAAAAG